AUCUUCUCUUCUCUUCUCGUUUUAUGGUUAAAAAAAUAUGCUUAUUGGCUAAAUUUUAGUUUCUUGAUUUAGUAAGAUGAAAUCGUGUCGCUGUUGUAUUGAGUUUUGAUAGAUAAGGAAGCUAAAAGUUUGUGUUUUGAUCAUCUGUUUAAUUGGCUUGAGCUUGAAUUUGAUUUUGUGGAAGAAUUGUAGGAAAGACUGUUUGUUUGUUAAGGAAACGAAGGAAAAUAAAUGGGCUGUGAUAUUUGGAGUUUUUAUCAUAAAUUUUUGCUUUGUUUCAAGUAACAAGAUCAUUUGCAUAAAUAGAACCAAAAGGCAAACAAUCUAGGUUUUCCUCUGAAAUCUAAAAUAAUCUGAAUUUGUUUCUUUUUAUCUGCUCGCUUUUUAGUGAUUUGCCAAUAAAUUUGAAACCCCAUGAAGCUUCUCUAUGCUUGUGAACUGGCAAGAGAACACCAGUGAUAAUGGUAUUGGUUGCGGUAGUUGCAUACCAGUAAUGCAUUAAUACAGGUGCGGUCAGUCUCAUACAUUGAUGCACCACACAUGUAUGCAAUUCAUGCACUAUUGGGAUGCCAAGCAAAAUGCGUGAUGGUCCCCAGCGUUGGUCUAAAUCGACUGCCGCUUGUUUGGUUGUUUUUUAUAUUACCCCUCGAAGAGUUAUGUUUUUUCCUUGUUUGGUCCCUAUGGAGAGAAGUUACCUUAUGCAGCAAGUGUGUUGUUUCAAAUUCCUUUUUGGGGUUUAGUUUUAUGGAUUAUGGAUUGUUGAGGUAAAAUGGUAUUUUAAUUAGGAUAAAUGUGAUAAACCAGCUCAGAUGUGUCCUAGUAUGAGUUUCAAGAAUUUUGCAACCAUGCGAUUCAACAAAGGCGGUUAUCAUGCUCAUUGUUAGAUAUGUUAAAUUUAGCUGAAGAACUUACAAAAAAGAUAAUGAAGAAACAUGAGAAUCUUGCUGAGACGGAAAAGCAACUAGAGAUUGAUAGGAUCAGCAAUCUGCCAUGGGAUGUAUUGGAUACCAUCCUUGUGUGCUUGCCUCUUAGAGAUGCUGCAAGGACUAGUAUACUAUCCAGUAAGUGGAGAUAUAAGUGGACUAAUCUUUCACAGUUCAUUUUGGAUGAUAAAUGCAUCCACUAUUCUAUAUCAGACAAAACAUCCAGAUGGAUAGAGAUUAGGAAAAUCAUCGAUCAUGUUCACUCCAAUCACAAUGGACCAAUAGAGAAGUUCAAGCUUGCGGCUUAUUGCUGUCCAAACUAUUCCGAUUUAGACCAAUGGAUAAGGUUUUUAACAGAGAAAGGUAUCAAGGAGUUAAUUAUCCAGGAGUUCAGUGUCAUUAAGCAUUUUAAGCUGCCUGAUUCUGUUUUCUGUGGUCCAAAACUCAGUCACUUGGAGCUAUAUGGUUGCAUAUUAAGGCUUCCUUCAUCAUUCAAAGGAUUUGAUUGCCUUAAAAUCCUUCAGCUCAAUCAUGUUUUCAUAAUAAGCGAUACACUGGAACAUUUAAUCCGUAACUGCCCUGUUCUUGAGAAGCUGACACUGUUGAACCUUCAUCAUCUGGCUUGCGUAAGGAUAUAUAACCCAAACCUGAAAUAUGUGAAAAUAGAUUCUGCAUUUGAAGAUAUCUGUCUGGGAGAUAGCUUGCUUCUAGCCAGUGUUGAUAUUCGUAUGUUACCUAUGAAUGGGGGGAUCACACGUCAGCCUCCCGAACAAGGGAAAGUUUGCACUUUAUUCAGAGUUUUUGGUUAUCUGCAUGGUAUAAACAGGCUAAGCUUAUCCAAUCAAUUUCUUGAGUUUCUUGCCAAUAAAGAUGUGCCAGAAAGACUCCCUGCUCCAUUCAACAGCCUCUUGGCCCUUGAACUAAAAGAAAUAAGAUUUGCUAGUUUAAAAGGCAUAGCGGCUUCCAUUUCUAUACUCAGAAGCUCCCCAAAUUUGGAAGAUCUUCUUGUUACUGUUUACCCAUGUGAUGAUAUUUCCAAACCUGUCAUGGAUUUGGUGACAGCACAGCUCCAGAGUGACUUUUAUUUUAACCAACUCAAAGUGGUGAAGAUCCGAGGCAUUAUUGGCACAAGAAUCGAGUGGGAAUUUCUCAGACUCAUACUUGCUCAUUCACCGGUGCUCGAGUCAAUGACUAUUGUAAAAUUCAAAGGUGAGAGAAUUUCUGAAUCAUUCUUGCAGGAAGUUGAGCGAGCUUCAAAACAUGUCAAGUUUAUUAGUUUAGCUCUAUAAGUUUUUUUUCUCAUGAUGGCAUUGCCAAGUUUGCUGUUGAUGUUGUGUUCUUCACAUUUUCCAUUGUAAAUUUUAAUGUAAAGGUUAUUAAACUAGUUAAACUUAUCCACGGUUCUGAACUUGGUUAUAGUCAUCUUUCCUUUGAAUACAAAAUUUACAGACUUGGUUCAAGGUA